AUGAUUUGUAGCGUCUACCCGCCUGGCUACCCCAAGGACUGGGGCAGCGUGAAGUGCCUGGAGCCGGUCGUUAGGCACGUGCGCCUCACCAACGACUCGUGCAUCGACGCGACCGUGCGCGCGUUCCUGAACGACCGGAAAUCUCUCUGGAGCGUGCACCCCAAGAUGAUGCACCUGUCCCCGCAGGAGACCCUGCAGCUGGCCAUCACCCUGAAGAUCGACGAGACGUGUCCCACCAAGGACAUCUUGAACCUCAUCGUCUCCGAGGGCAACGACCUCACCGUGGAGGUGAGAGGCAAAGGGACCGAGACACCGAUCCAGAGCGAGCAGCCUCUGGACCUCAUCGACUUCGGCACCCUCUUCACCACCCACCACGAGCCCCGAGAUAUCGUUAUCAGGAACUACGGGCAGAUAGCGCGGCGGCUGACCUGGCUCAGAGAGAAGGAAAAGAAGAAGGAGCCAGAGCCGGAGCCGAACAAGAAGGGCAAAGCCAAAGUACAGGAGAAGAUACAAGCCUUCAGAGUGGAGCCGGAGAGUGUCAUGCUGGACCCGAAAACUGCGUACAGAUUCACGUUCAUCGCCAUGAGCCCAAGGCCCGGGAGCAUCGAGGAGUUCAUCUGCUGCAACGAGCAGGUCGACAAGGGCGGCAGCCCGGCCAAGCAGAUCUUCCGGCCGCGCCUCCGGGCAACCUUCGUGGCGCCGCAGCUGAAGCUCUCGACUACCGAGAUCAAGUUCGACUUUACCCUGGACGCGAACCCGAGCCUGGAGCUGAUGUCGCAGACCCUGACCCUCGCGAACACCAGCCCGCUCGAGGUGAAGUGCCUGGUGGAGGCGCCGUUCCCCUUCAGCGCGAGCGUCGACGAGGCCACGAUCGCGCCAGGCUCCGAGCUGGCGGUGACCGUCGAGUUCGAUCCUGCCCACAGGGUCAGUCGGGAGAGCGGCACGGUCGCGAAGACUCUGACCAUCAGGUAUGACGACCAUCCAGCCACGAACACGGUCCAGCUGAUCGGGAAAAUGGUCUUCCCCAAUUUAGAGUUGGAUAGCAAAGCGUGCGACUUCGGCACCGUACUGAACGAGACCAGCAAGAAGAUCAACGUGAGGCUGACCAACCCGACGAGCCUGGAGGUCCGCUAUCACUGGUGCUUCUCGGUCCGCGGCGAGGACCGACGCCGCCCGGCGUCCCGCAGGACACAGACGGUCACGACGCCAGUCACAUCCCUGCGGCCACCUGCAGGCGCCACGAGCACGGGAACGCGUGGGUCAUUUCGCCUGCAGGAGGGGAGCCGAUCGCCCACGCAGCGCUCCCCAAGCCCCCCCUCGUCCUUGGCGAGGACGCUGUCGGCGCCGCAGGAGACGAGGACGACGUGGACUUGA